AUGAAGGACGUCAAGCUGCUUCUGGAGAAGCUGCGAAUUAACCGAGAAAGGGAGUUCGAGAGGGAGGUGAAAAUAUUUCUUGAGUUAAAGAAGCUGAACGAUGGCACCCCCAAGGGGGACGAACAGAACGUGGUGGUGGGUGAAAAGGCCGCAAACGGCGUGAACAGUCCAAGUGGGGUGAACAGUCCAAGCGGGGUGAACAGUGCAAGCUGGAUGAACAGUCCAAGCGGGGUGAACAACCCCGACAACUACACCAACUACGUGAGGAAAAAGAUAAACAACUUAAGAAGGAAAACCGUGUUUGAAAAGAGCUACUACAGAAACGUGCUCAAUUGCUAUGACCAGAGUGAGCAUUACAAGGAGGUGCUAAAGUACACCUCUAAUGAUUUGCAAGGGACGCACGAAUCCGAAUUGAAAAAAGCAACAAUUCAGAGGGAGAACCUGCUCAUCUUUUACUAUGCCUACUUGGUUAGGAAGUAUUGCGAACGUAACUUUUUGAAGUGUAUCCACAACGAUUUCGUCCAAUCUCUGACUUACACUUUUUUGGAGAAAAAACUUUUUUUUAAGUUUUUAUCGACCAAUUUGUGUGUACUAGAUAGAUGCAUAAAGCAAGUGGAGGUCCUCUCGGUGGAGACGGAAAAUAAGAACCUAUCCCAUUUGUUGAAUCGGUGCAGGGAUGUCCUCCUAGGUGUGCAGAUGGAAUUAUUUACUUUGCAGGGGAAGGACAAAGAAAUUACGAAGGAGCAGCUGGUGGUAGAUGAGGAAACGCACGACCUAUGUAGCAGCUUAGUGAAGUACUUCCCCUUUUUGGAUGAGCACUUUGGGAAGAGCAGCGAAGGGACAAAUCGACACGACCCCCACAUGAUGAAGCUAUACGGAAUAUAUGCCUUCAUUUAUGUGUUCUCGAAUGUUUUCUAUGUGAGCUCCUUGGCCGUUAGUAGGGCCAAGUUGGGGCAACACCUCCCCCUCAAAGGGGUACCAAACCAGUUUGUGGAUAGCGAGCUGCACCGUUUUGCCAUGUACCGAAUGUACAUCGAGCAGUACGCCCAGGGAGACUUCAUGGAUCUGAACGAAAAAAUGUUAUUCUUCCUAUCGAGGGAGAGGUUGUCACAGAAUGGUUGCAGCAACCACACGUGGGACGACAUUUUCCAUGACUUAAACGCACUAAACAACGCAACGGCGCUGCAGAGCGAAUUCUUCGUUGCUAGCAGUGUGAAGGAAAUUGGCGGUCACACCCAGGGGAAGGACAAAACGAACAAGCACUCCCUAGUUAACUGCAACGUGAACCAGGUAGAGAGGGACCCCCCCAUGGUGCUGCCCUUCAUCCACCAGUUCUUCUACAUCGGCAUCGAUUUCGACAAGACGAUAAUAAAAAAGGAUUCCUAUUCCGCUUUUUUUAAAAUUUUAGAGAAGCACUAUUUUAAGGAAAGCGUCAGAAAAGGAAAGGACACACUCACAGAAGAGGACAUAUCCUUCUUCGACAAUUUCUCGUUGGAAAAAAUGGAAAACAAACCUGAACCGACAACACAGGAGAAGAUUGAAUACAUCCAUAAACUGGGACAUUGGUUUGUAAUAAAAGAAUCAGAGAUAUUAGAGGAGUUAAAAAGGGAUCAGAAAAACAACGAACAAGUCUAUUCUAAGUCUUACUACUACUAUCUGAACCAGGUGGAUAAGGUGCACGUAACUUAUUCCAUGUUGCUGUCCUACUACGAUGUGUUUAAGGACGUAGAUGUGGAUGUAUUAAACAGCCUCAUCAGUGAGCACUACGAACGCUUCGAACUGAACGAAUAUUUUCUGGAGGUUUUUCUUCACCUGCUGAAUUAUAAAAUGGACAACAGGGACUCCUUCUACUUUGACAUUAUCACGCUUAACUUGAAAAAGCAAAUUUGCCUCUACACGAUAAGGAACAAUUUGCUGAAGGUGAAGGGUGGGGAGGGAACAACCGUUCGUCUGUCACCACCACGACCAAACAAACAAGGAAUGGUUUUACAAAACGAGGAGGAUGAUUACUACCAUACGUUUAAGAAGUACUUCCAUGUGUACUAUUCCAAGACGCAUACAUACGACAAGGACAAGAGAAAGUACACCGGAGCGUUCGAAUAUAAUCAGCUUAAAAUCAAGCACGGUGAAUACCAGCCCAGGAAGGAUGGUAAUGACGCUGAUGAUGUGAUUGAAAAGGUUUCGCUCUGCUCCUUUUACGACAAAACAUUAAUCCAAACCAGGGUGUGUUCGCUGCUUCGCAACAUUAACCACAAGUUAUCUGCCUUCAUCGGAGACAGCCUCAUAGAUCUGGACGCCAUGCUCCACUCGGAUAUCCCUAUCCUGGUUGGACACAACGAACUGUUAAUCAGUUUCUGUGAAAAGCAUAACAUUAUUAUUAAGCCCCUCGUGUGUGCAGCGGCCAAAAUUGAGCUGCUGGCGCGCAGGAAUGGCACAACAACCAACAACAAUGGCACAACUACGAACAACAAUGGAACGACUGUGACCUGCAAUGACGCUACAGCCAACGUGGGCCCCACCAUCAAUUACAGCGCGAACAAAAUUGCAACCCCCACCGACAACCAACACGAGGAGGAACUAAACAACCUCUACGAUGAGAACGAAAAGGUUAUUUACUCCACGGAGAGUUGGCUGGAAAUUGGCAUUUUCUUCUUCGGCGAUAUUUAG